AUGGAUAAUUUUCAACUAUGUAAGAAUGAAAUAAGUCAAUCAAAAUUAUUAUUACAAUUUACAGGAAGACACACACCAGUUAAGGCGGAAAAAGUUAAUACGAAUUCAUUGCAAACAUCCAUUAUUGUAACAUCGUCGUCAAAAUUGCAAAGUAUGCAAACAUCACAGCUUUCAGCAGUUCUUAAGUCUGAGGUUAGUGUUAGUACACCGUCGUCACGGAAAAAAAGUUUGAAAAUCUCGGAAGUACCUAAUGUUAUUUGGAAACCAUUACUUCCACGACCACCAAUCCCUAUUGUACCUGCUAAGCGGCGGCUACCUACACCACCAGCAAUGCUUUCAGCUCCCGGAACACCAAUAACUCCACAGGAAGAGGAUUCUAGUACACCUCCACCAGAAACCCCUUCAACUGUCAAGUCAGACCUAAUGCCAAUGUUGUUAGAAGCUGCUGCGCAUGCUGCUCUUCGAGAUAAACGUCAAGAACGUAUGGUUAAAAAUCGAGCUGCAGCUUAUGAAAGUCGUAAAAGAAAGAGAGAAGAGGCUGAAAGAUUGACGACUGAAAAUUUGGAAAUGAAAGCUCAUAUUCGUGAACUGCAGCAAAAGAUCGCGGAGUUAACAGUAGAGAAUGAACGAUUCAAACAAUUACUUACAAGAAAAAAUUAG